CUGAGGGCGGGCGGGCCGAACAUGGCGCCGGGCCGCUGGCGCCAAGGGCGGCGGUUCCUCCGCGCUCUGCUCCUCGCAGCGCUGCUGGGCCCCGCCGCCUGUUUGUCGUCCUCCUUCUACAGCCCCGGCGAGCCGCAGAGCAGCGUGCGAGUGUUGUGCGGCUCCAACUGGAGCCUGGUGUUGCAGGGCCAGUGGAUGUUGGAGUUUUAUGCUCCUUGGUGUCCAGCCUGUCAGCAGAUUGAGGCGACCUGGGAGAGCUUUGCCAAGGAGAGUGAGCACCUCGGCAUCACUGUUGGAAAAGUGGAUGUCACUCAGGAGCCAGGCUUGAGUGGUCGUUUCUUUGUCACAACACUUCCUACAAUUUACCAUGCCAACGAUGGAGUGUUCCGCAGAUACCGCGGCUCCCGCACCUUGGAAGAUCUUCAAGGCUACAUCCUAGAGAGGAAAUGGGAAGCUGUGGAGCCUGUAGCAGGAUGGAAGUCUCCAUCUUCUAUAAUGAUGCAUGGCAUGGCAGGGCUGUUUCACUUCUCGGGAUGGAUCAGGCAAAUUCAUAACUACCUCACUGGCACUCUUGGAGUUCAUGUUUGGGUUUCCUAUGCCAUCUUCAUCUUGGCUACCUUACUGAUCGGCCUGCUCCUGGGUUUGAUCCUGGUUUUGAUUUCAGACUGCCUCUGCCCAUCAAAGUCAAAAUACAGAGCUGAAACUCCUGAAGAAGCCAUCAGCAAGGAGAACGCGGAGAACGCGGCGCUGGAGGAGCCGCAGGACGCUGCGGAGCUUUCCGCCGACGAUGCGGAAGAGGCCGCAGAUGACAAAGAUCCCUCAGACGGAGAAGAUGCAGCAAAUUCGAGUGCUGAAGAGUCAGAGGAGGAUUUAGCACUUGGAAAAGAAUCAGGGGAAGAAGAAAUGGAAGACUUAAGCGAGCAGCCUUUAGCUGAACCAGAGACUGAAAGCACAGUGAGGCAGCGGAGAAGUCAGGAGGCUGAGAAGGAACUAUAGCUUUCCCACUGGUGUACCUGCUACACUUGGACCAAAGAAGUGUCAGACCCCUUGGGGGUCUGAAGCUGGAGCUUA